CUGAUGGACGCACGUGUGGCGCGGUGGUUGAAAAACAAGAGUUCAGAUCCCAAAUCAGAUUCAAACAAACAGUCAGUCAGUCGACUCCCCCGUCGAAAGCGAAACUCGCCCAAAUCCAAAGUGUUGGGAAAGCGUGAAAAACUGUUUGCAUCCGCAAGAGAAGCGGGAAAAUCUAGUGGAUCACCCCCGCCCCAAUCCGUAGUGUGUGAUAACUUCUGUGAUCUGUAGGCCGUAAGUGCGUGUGGCUAGUGGCCGGCCGGCCGGCCCAAAGAAAAUUCCUUAAAUGCGUGGCGGCGCCUUUUCAUGUGCAGCGGAAAACCCCCGAACUUAAACAGCCCAAAUGGAUGGAUCGGCGGUAUAAAGAAGCACUGGCGACGGCGUCGCUGGCGGUCAGCAACAAUCAUUGCAACUGCAACUGCAACGGCAGCAGCAACAUCAGCAACUUCCAAACGGGUUUCCCAACGCUCGAUCGUCGGUUGGCGGGGAAAAUCGCUACGCCUUUUGAUCUAGCGCUCUUCGAUCGGAGAUAUUCCGAUUUCCCAGGAAACCUCAAGGAAAACACCACUCGGAAAAACGCACAUCGCCAGAGCAAAUAAAUUAUCUUUUGCCGCUGUAAUAACAAAAGAAAAACGUUUGAAGUGCCAAUGUGAAAAAAUUCAUGUUUUACUCAAUUCAAUCCACUAACAAGCUAGAAAAACAAAAAUGUAGUAGCCUGAAACAAGCGAGUGGAAAUCAAACGAAAAGUAUUAAGCAGUCCAAAAUAAGUUACGCAAGAAAGCAAAACAAAAUUCAUGCAAUUAUCAAAAUACAUAAUCUCAAAAACAAAACAAAAACCGCAUCGAAUAGAAUAUUAAACAAUUUUUAUACGGCAACAUAAUAAUUUUAUAAUAACCGAAAUCAUUUUGACAAGCAUACAAAACGUAAAUCUAAUUAUAAAGCUAAAGUAAUAAAUAUUUAAUAAAGUAGAACCUUAGCACUUAGUAAUUUAUUAACUAAAGUACUUACCACAAAACAUCCACAAUAUAUCACGCCAAAAAGUAGACUAUAGAAAACGCAUUUAGCAAAAUCCACAAUUCACCAACAACCGCUUUGAUAAAAAAUACAAAGUUAAAUAAAAUAAAUCAGUAGAAAUGCCAUCGUCAACGGGAGUAUUUGUGCUAAUGAUCCUCACUCAGCUGAGUUUGGGCCAGAUGCGGAACGAGGAUCAGCUGCUGAUGGUUGGCCAGAACGGCGAUCUCGACAUCAGCAAUCCUGCAACACACCACCAGCAACAUCAGCAACAUCAGCAGCACCAGCAGCAACACCAGAGCAAUCACAAUCUGAACAAUGGGAACAUGAACAGCACAAUACUGAACACCUUGAUGGGCGGUAAUGCUGGCCAGGUGGUGAAUAGUUCACCGGGUGGCGGGUCCAUGAUCAAUCAACUGGGCAGCAGUACGUCAAGUGUUCCUUCGGUUAUUGGAGGCGGUGUGGGCUCCAUGGGAAGCCCUUGGCAUUCGGGAGUUGGUCUCGGAGUUCCCGGCAACGGAAUGGGAUUACCAUCGCCCCACGGUCAUGGCGGGAGUUUGGGCUCCCAUCCCCAUGGACACGCCUUGGCGGGACUGGCCAAGUUGGGAAUCAUUGUGCCCGGUAGCCAGGGAUUACCUGGAAAUCUGGGAUACGGCGGAACAAUGAUGAACGGAGGCGGAUUGGGAGGUGGAGGUGCAGGCGGCAUGGGCCUAGGAAUCGGCUCCGGCACUAAUAACAUGGAUAUGCAGCAAGGCCUUUACAACGAACACUUUAUCUCGGAGCACACGGUGAUGGCGGUGUUCACGUCGCAAGGUCAAGUGGGAGGUCCCUGCAGAUACAUGCCUGCCACGAGGCGGCAGAACCACCAGUGCCGCAAGGAGACUGGGCUGCCGGGAACCCUCAGCGAAGCCCGACGCCUGGCCACCACCCACUGCGAGGAGCAGUUCCGCUACGAUCGGUGGAACUGCUCGAUCGAGACGCGUGGCAAGCGGAACAUCUUCAAGAAGCUCUACAAGGAGACGGCCUUUGUCCACGCCCUCACGGCCGCCGCGAUGACCCACUCGAUAGCCCGUGCCUGUGCCGAGGGAAGGAUGACCAAGUGCAGCUGUGGCCCCAAGAAACACAAUCGGGAGGCGCAGGACUUUCAGUGGGGCGGAUGCAACGACAACUUGAAGCACGGCAAGCGGGUGACACGCAGCUUCUUGGAUCUGCGUGGCGGCGAUGGGGACGAGGUCAGCGAGAUAUUGCGACAUGACUCAGAGGUCGGCAUCGAGGCUGUCUCCUCGCAGAUGAUGGACAAGUGCAAGUGCCAUGGCGUCUCCGGCUCCUGUUCGAUGAAGACCUGUUGGAAGAAGAUGGCCGACUUUAAUGCCACAGCCACGCUUUUGAGGCAGAAAUACAACGAGGCCAUCCGCAAAGCGCCUAACCAGCGAUCCAUGCGCCAAGUAUCUUCGAGUCGCAUGAAAAAACCAAAGCAGCGACGCAAGAAACCCCAGCAAUCGCAAUACACGACACUGUACUAUCUGGAGACCUCGCCCUCCUACUGCGCGGUCACCAAGGAUCGCCAGUGCCUGCAUCCGGACAAUUGUGGGACCCUGUGCUGUGGGCGUGGCUACACCACACAGGUGGUCAAGCAGGUGGAGAAGUGCCGAUGUCGGUUCAAUAAUGGCCGGUGCUGCCAGCUGAUCUGCGACUAUUGCCAGCGAUUCGAGGAUAAAUACUUUUGUAAAUAGACGGGACACCGCCACCAUUUCCGCCGUCUUUCUUCACGCCCCCGUCUCCAUCACUUUCUUCCCCCCUCUCUCCUCGUGCUCUUUGGAAAUGUAAUUUGUAAAGUUUUUUUCUACCUUUAUGGCUUGUAAUUUUUUUCCAUUCCUAACAAAUAUUAUUGAAAUGAUAAGCAAAAAGAACGAAAUGAUAUGCAGAACGAUAGAAAACGAUCAGAAAGCUAAGGCUCAUCUAAAGGCCAAACUCACCCACUCACACACAUACUCACAUGCAUACACACAGACACACCAACUCAAGCGCAUACAUGCAUCUAUCUAUAUAAUUACUAUAUAGUAAUAUACCGUCGCAAAGAAAAAAUCUCAAAAAAAUCGCAAAACUUCAUUUAGCAAAACGGAAAAAUCACAAAAAAACACGGACACACACACAAAGAACAACAGAAAAGCAGACGCUAACAACACACAGCAACAAAAACGAAAAAU